AUGCCGUGCAUACUUGGUGAUCAGUGUCAAGCAACCUCCGACUGUGCAGCUGUUUCUAACUCGAAAUGUGAUACUACCUGUGUUUGUGAUGAUGCGUUCAAAGUAUCGGGUGGAAGCUGCAUAGCUAAAGUACUUGGUGAUCAGUGUCAAGCAACCUCCGACUGUGCAGCUGUUUCUAACUCGAAAUGUGAUACUACCUGUGAUUGUGAUGACGCGUUCAAAGUAUCGGGUGGAAGCUGCAUAGCUAAAGCUGUGAACGAAAUUCCAUGCACAGCCGAAGGAGGUGGAUGUGAAAAUAUUGACAAUGCUCUGUGUGAUGCGGAUACUGAAAAAUGUCAGUGCAGUCCAAAUUCCGUGAUGAACGUUGCCACUUGUGAACCGAACACUGCUGCAUAUAUAAGAGUAGGAGCUACGACACUAGUAUUGUCUGUUUUUGCAGUAAAUUGGACGAUGUUCAGAUAAACAUGACUGGUGUGUUAUUGAAGAAAAUCAACGAUAAAUAGUGUGGUUUAGUUUGUGUGUGCAAGAGACAUUAUGGAAUAAUCAGCUGCUCCUGUAAUUCUAUCUACUCUACUUGAAAACUACUGACGUGUUUAUAUACCAUGAAAUCAUCACUUCAAAGACUCAUAUAAUUAUUCUAAACGUUACUUCAUGUCAUAUUUAAAAGUGCGUACUUUAUGUUAAUUAUUUAGGUCGACUGUGAAACAAGUUCUACAAUUCACAUGUAUUACUCUCCACACGUAAUUCCUCGUGGUGUACAUUGUCAUGGAGGUAUGAUGUUAAAAUGAUUAUGUAGAACGGCUUAGUUCUACUUUUUCAUGAUAGAUUUGGUUUUUAUAGUUCAGUCUAAGUCGUACAUAGUAAAAGUUCCUGUGCAAAAUAUUAGGUAGAUUUAGUUAAUAAAAAACAUUCAAGGCUCUUUUAAUGUGUUCAGUUUACACAAAUAUUCUUACUUACAGAUUAUUAGAUUUGGAUCAAGAAAUAUGUAUUAUUUCUACAGCGGAAAUGAACUUUUAACGCGACUAAUAAUUGAAACUGAUGUCACGAAUGACGUCACAAUCCAGAUAUGAAAUUUGGGUAUAAUUAUAGAAACGUUUAGAAAUGAUCAUCCAAUAGUCUACACAAAUUUUAGAAUUUUCUACGAAGGAACAUACUGAAAAUACGCAUUUCUUUCAACAUCAUAUUUCAAAUAUCAUACCAAAAUUACUACAGUGUUGAACACUGUCAUCGAACAAGUUUAUUCCCUUUUCUCGUCUCAACAUUUAAAAGUGUCGCGGAAAUGUCAAACGAAUUGUAUUAUAAACAAGGAAAACAUAUGAUAAAGACAAAUUAA